CCAGGCCAGCCAGGGCGGAGGGGGCGGUGCGCCGACGGCUGGGACCCGCCCCAUCUGGUCCCCUCCCCCUCCCCCUGCCGCCCUGCCCGCGACCCGUCCCGCUCCCCACGCCGGGUUUCCUGGUUAAGAUGGCGGCCCCCGUGGCAGCUCAGGCCCGGAAACUUCUGAGAGACCUGGCGUUCCGGCCCCCGCUCUUGGCGGCUAGGUCCCAGGUGGUUCAAUUAACCCCCAGAAGAUGGCUGAACCUGCAGGAAUACCAGAGCAAGAAACUGAUGUCUGACAAUGGAGUGAAAGUUCAAAGAUUUUUUGUAGCAGACACUGCCAAUGAAGCUCUCGAGGCUGCUAAGAGACUAAAUGCAAAAGAAAUUGUUUUAAAAGCCCAGAUCUUAGCUGGAGGAAGAGGAAAAGGUGUCUUCAGUAGCGGUUUGAAAGGAGGUGUUCAUUUAACAAAAGACCCUGAAGUUGUGGGUCAGUUGGCUAAACAGAUGAUUGGGUAUAAUCUAGCAACAAAACAAACUCCAAAAGAAGGUGUGAAAGUUAACAAGGUGAUGGUAGCUGAAGCAUUGGACAUUUCCAGGGAAACCUACCUGGCCAUUCUUAUGGACCGGUCUUGCAAUGGUCCCGUAUUGGUGGGCAGCCCUCAGGGAGGUGUCGACAUUGAAGAAGUGGCAGCUUCAAACCCAGAACUUAUUUUUAAGGAGCAAAUUGACAUUAUUGAAGGAAUAAAGGACAGCCAGGCUCAGCGGAUGGCAGAAAAUCUAGGCUUCCUCGGGCCUUUGCAAAACCAGGCUGCAGAUCAAAUUAAGAAGCUUUAUAAUCUCUUCCUGAAAAUCGAUGCUACUCAGGUGGAAGUGAAUCCCUUUGGUGAAACUCCAGAAGGACAAGUUGUCUGUUUUGAUGCCAAGAUAAACUUUGAUGACAAUGCAGAAUUCCGACAGAAGGAUAUAUUUGCUAUGGACGACAAAUCAGAGAAUGAGCCCAUUGAAAAUGAAGCUGCGAAGUAUGAUCUAAAAUACAUAGGACUGGAUGGGAACAUCGCCUGCUUUGUAAAUGGGGCUGGACUUGCCAUGGCUACCUGUGACAUCAUUUUCUUGAAUGGUGGGAAGCCAGCCAACUUCUUGGAUCUUGGAGGUGGUGUAAAGGAAUCUCAGGUUUAUCAAGCAUUCAAACUGCUCACAGCCGAUCCUAAGGUUGAAGCCAUCCUAGUGAAUAUUUUUGGUGGAAUCGUCAACUGUGCCAUCAUUGCCAAUGGGAUCACCAAAGCAUGCCGGGAGCUGGAACUCAAGGUGCCUCUGGUGGUCCGGCUUGAAGGAACCAAUGUCCACGAAGCCCAGAACAUUCUCACUAACAGCGGACUCCCCAUUACUUCGGCUGUCGACCUGGAGGAUGCAGCCAAGAAGGCUGUGGCCAGCGUGACUAAGAAGUGAUGCCUUUGUCCUGAUCCCUCGGAGGAAGAAGUUUUCCCAUAAGAAGGAUUGUUCUCUCAUCACUGUGAAAGAAAUGGUUAUCCCAAUGAGGGGAAAAAAAAAAAAAAAAAAAAAAAAAACAGAAGAAGGGAAGAGCAAGAAGCACUGUAUUAAAAAAUCUUAAAUCGGUUUUUUCUUGAAUAAGAUAUCUAGACAGCCUAAAUAAUCUGAUUUCCCUUAUAAUAUAAUGCCCUGGGUUCUCAUACUUUUCUGUCCUGGUGAGCCAGCUCAGUAGGCAUUGUUUUGCCAACUUUGGAGAACUGUCCAUAUGGCCAGACAUUGUGUGUAUAUACAGCAUUUGAGAUCAGGCUCUGGUUCAUUUACGGUAAAUUUGGUGAACAUUUCAUCCUGUGUUAAUUAAAAAAAAAAAAGUCACAGGCUAUUAAAAAAAC